UGGGUCUUUUACAACAAUAAAAUACUUAAAUCCAAAACCUAUAUCUAACCUAAUUCCCGCCUAACCUCCUUCACUCUCUAAUUCUCCAUUCACAUCAACACAAAUGGGUAAAGGAAUCUUCUUCACCUCCGCCUCCAUGCUUCUCGCCGUCAUAAUCACCACCACCCUCCGCCACCACAACCACCACAACAACCGCCCAAACAACCCAUCACUACCCAACUACACUUCCAACGCUUCCAAACUUCUCCGAUCAAACGGCUUCAACUUCAUAUCCAACUUCCUCCACAUCUCCCCGGAACUCUUCCUCUCAAACACCGACUCAUCGUUAACCAUCUUUGCCGUACCCGAUGCCGCUAUCUCCAACCUCUCCAUCCCUCCAUACAUGAUCAAACACCUCCUUGCAUACCACACUUCACCCACAAAACUAACCCUCCAAGAUUUGUUCAAGAAACCCUUGAAAACCUGCAUACCUACAUUGAUCCCACACCACACUGUUUCAAUCACAAAGAUUGAUUACAAAAAGCGUGUUCUUGAAAUCAACAAUGUGUUGAUCACUCACCCGGAUUUGUUUCUUCAAGGGCACGUGACCAUUCAUGGUGUAGCGGGUUCUUUUGCUACCUUUGAUCAUCAUCAAGAAAGUAUUGUUUUACCAUUUUGUGAAGCGGAUGAUAUUGGUGGGUUUGUGAAGAAUAAAGAUGAAUGGGGGAGGAUGAUUAAGUUUCUUGGUUCGUCUGGAUUCAUGGCGUUUGCCAUCGGGUUGAAGUCUGUGACAGAUGGGAUUUUUAAAGAUUUUCCUGAUUUGAAAUCGGUUACGGUUUUUGUAACGCGGAAUGUGGCGUUGAGGGUGAUGUCUUCGCCUUUGUUGGAUAUGUUUAUGAGGUUUCAUAUUGUUACGCAGAGAUAUGGUUUUAAAGAGUUGGAGGGGUUGCCACCGGGUGCGAAAUUGUCGACGCUGGUUACUGGAAAACAUGUGGGUGUUGGUGAAAAUUCGAAGGUGGUGAUGAUCGAUGGAGUGUCGAUUACUGCACCGGAUUUGUUCGUGUCGAAGAAUUUGGUAGUUCAUGGGAUUGCUAGGGCUUUGAGUAUGGAUGAGCUUUCAAGCAUGUCUCGAUAAAAAUGGCGGAUGUUCUAUUUUCUCUUUCUUUUAAAAAAUCUAUGGGCUUGUUUAGCUCAUGUAGUGCAUGUGUAUGGACUUUCAUAAUUUUUUAUGGUGAAAACUGGAAAUGGCUUCUUUAUGAUUA